CACUGUUUUUCCCUUAAACCUCUCUGGAGCUCUCGGAACAAUCAAGCUCGUAUUCUACAAGCAUGGCAACAGCUACAGAACUUGCUUUACAACCAAAGACACGGUGGUCUGACGUCGCUGAUGAUAAUGUUGAUAAUACUGUCGAGGAAGCCUUUCUUCCUCCCACUAAGGUGAUAGGCCCUGACAAAGAUGGAAUCAAGACAGUGAUUGAAUACAAGUUCAACGAUGAAGGAAAGAUCGUCAGGGUCACCACCCGUUCCAGGGUGAGAAAAAUCAAAACGGUUGUCAAUGGACGAGUUCUUGAGCGGAGGUCGUGGGCAAAAUUCGGCGACGCCGUGAAUCAGGACGCCGGCGCUAGGCUUACUGUCACUUCUACUGAGGACGUUUUCCUUGAAAGGCCCAAGGCUCCAGGAAGCAUUCCUGAGGAAAUCAAGGCUGGAGGAGACUCUCUGGGGCAAAAAGGUGGGGCUACGCUCAUGGUUUGCCGCAAUUGUGGCAAAAAAGGUGACCAUUGGACUGCCAGGUGCCCUUACAGGGACCUUGCUGCACAAGUGGAAGCUGCCAAUGAAGCAAACCCAAAUGCAGCAGCAGCAACAUCUUCUGGGACUGCUAAGGCUGCUUAUAUUCCUCCAAGUAAGCGAGGAGGAGCUUCAAGCAGCAGCGUUAAAGGAUCAGACAUGAAAAGAAUUAAUAAUGAACAUGAGGUUAGAGUCAGCAACCUCUCUCAAGAUGCUUCUGAAGCUGACUUGCGAGAUCUCUUCGAAUUUUUUGGCCCGCUCACUCGUGUUCAUAUCGUCUGUGAUCGUGCAACUGGUUUAAGCAGAGGUUUUGGCUUCGUGAAUUUCGUCAACAUGGAAGAUGCUGUGAGAGCUAUUCAAAAGCUUGAUGGCUAUGGCUAUGACAACCUCAUCCUCCAAGUUGAGUGGGCGCCAUCAAGAUCAAAAUAGAGAUGCUGCAACUUCCUAUAGUUCCUGAAUGACUUCAAUUUUAUUGUAAUUUUCCAGUUCAUAUUAAGUUUUAAGGAGUGAUUUUUUAUGUUCUUGAUUUACAAAAUGGCAUUAAGAGCUGAGAAAUACUUUGAAGUUCAAACAUAUUAGUGAAUAAACUUGAGAGAUCAUUUUACAA